AUGGCGGAGUAUGAAUGUAAAACAUCCAAUGAACAGCUGGCUGGUCCUUCAGCUGGAACUAAUGGGAUUAGUGAAUGUGGAGUUGCUCUGAAGACCCGUUCACCUUUUCUAGCCAAUGAAGAUGGUGUACUUGGAGGUGUGAUAGUUCUUCGGUCGUGCAGGUGUUCAGCAGAGCCUGAAUCGUCACAGGAAAAGCCAACUUUACUAGUGGAAUUUCUGUGGAGCCAUACAACAGAGAGCAUGUGUGUAGGAUAUAUGUCUGCACAGGAUGGCAAAGCUAAGACUCACAUUUCAAGACUUCCUCCUGGAGCUGUGGCAGGACAGUCCGUGGCAAUAGAAGGAGGAGUUUGUCGGCUGGAGAGUCCAGAAAGCUGAACAGCUGAUUCCUCACUUCGUUGCAAAGAAUGUGAAUGACUUUUUUUGUACAAUAAGUUUUUUGUGUUCUAACAGAUGUUGGAAAUUCUACUCUUGUUUUAUACCCGGUAUUGCAACCAUGUGCACCAUAACUUGAGGCAAGUGCUGCUGUAGUUUAUGUUCUCACUCUGUGAAUGAGGGUGUGUGCAUGUUCAUUUUUUCCCUAAUAAAAUAGGAACUCUUCCCAAUUGUGCAAAGGUUAAGAUUAUGUAUGACUGAUGUUUGCAUUUUCAUUGUUUCAUGUUUGAAAAAUCAGUGAAAGCUUAAAAAAAAAGGAAAUUAAUUUAAAGAUAGGGUCACAAUUGUCAUUCAUGUUCUAAAUUUAAAAGUAACAGGCCUUUUAUGUGGCUAUAUCAUUAUGCAAAAGUUAUUAUGGUUUCUAAGUUUCUCAGUGGUUUAAGGAAAUCCAGAAGUGGUUUCAGCAUAGGUUGUUUUUUUCCUCCCCAAUAAGGAGGACUGUUUGUUUUUGUCAAAGAAUGGUUUCAGUGAAACAAACUAGAGCAAAAUUAAGGCUAGAAUUGUUGUUUAAUAGUCUUAUAGGUCAUAUCUCUGUUCCCAAACUAAGAUGUUAAUAGCUUCAAGCUGUAUGUAUCACAAAAAGCUAUAUGAAGAUAAUGUAUCGUAAUGCAGUCUUUAUGUAUAAUGGAAUAUUACAAUGUAAAUAAGAAAACAAAGUUUAUGGAAAGAUUCGAUAUUAUUCUUCGCUUCUGUUUAAAAUCUAUUUUUAAGAGAGGUACAGAAAUGAACAUAUUACUGGAUGCGAAGUGCAAUGUGUAUUAAAUGGACGCUGGGAGGUCUGAUACUAGCUUUCUUAUUGAUAAAUGAACUUCCUGAAGUCCAGCCACAGCAUGGGUAUUUAUAUAACUGUGUGUAAUAUGUAUGUACUGUGCAUAAAUUUACUGUAAUUCUUUUUACACCUUCCACAAAACUGCAUUAUAAAACAAUGUAGUCCUUGUCUGCCUUGUGAAGUAUUGGCAGCUGAAUGGUUGUUUGUCACCAGUUCUGAUGCGUUAGCUGGUUCGCCUGAGUCCUAAAAUUGAGUUCUGACAUACAAUCUUCCAUUCAGUUCUUUUUUUCUUCACAGCACUGGCAGCAAUAGAAGACACUUGCAAUUAAUUCAUUGUCCUGAUAAGUAUGCCAAAGAGAAACUAAAGUAGUUCAUCUUUUUCCCUGGUGGAUAUUUGAUAACUCUGUUUUCAGAAAUAGUGGAUGAAUAAAUAUUCAGACUGUAUUCGCUUAAUCGGGCAUUGUACUUGCCUGUUUUGUAAUGUUGUGCCUGCCUAUAACACACAUACUUGACUGAUUAAAUGGUUACAUUGAUUGUAGUACCAAUCUUUCAUGGAAAAGAAUCUUAAUAAAUUUUUUUUUAAUAGCCUGAGGUCAUUUUCACUGUUAUGUUCUAGCAUACAUUGAGAUA